AAUGGGAUUGUACUGUACCUCGUAAACUACUGCUGUCUACCACACCAAUGGUUUUCCCAGGAAGGCGAAGUACCGGCUGCUAUGUUUGUCGCGAGCGGAAAGUCAAGUGUGACGGCGCGCGGCCAGCAUGCGCACGCUGCACCAAGUUUGGGAGAAAAUGUAUUGGCUAUCCCGACUCGUUUAAGUUUCGAUUCUACGAUACUACGUGCUUUCAGAAUGAGGCCUCGACCCCACUAAGACCUGGACAUGUCCGAGCGAACCCCGCUACUGUCCAGGAAGGGAAACGGAGGGAUCCAUCGAAUGGAACUGCGCAGCCAACACGCCAUGAUCGUCCAAAAGUACCCUCAAAGUCGCAACCACCAUCCGUGCCCCAGUCUUUGUCGAUUACUUCCUGGGAGCUCUGGCCCUUAUCCUACUUUUUUCAUCAACAUGUACUUAUCGUCCAUAGAUCUCCCUGUGGAGGCCAUCUAGCCUUCCUACCGGAGCUCUACCGUGAGAAGGGCUCUGAGCCCUGCCUCAAGCAUGCUGUGCUUAGUGUUGCAUAUCUAGCCCUGUUCAAUUCUAAUCGUUCUCAUUCUCUUUGGAUUCAAGCCAGGAAUAACUACAGCACCGCAUUGAUGGCAUUAGCAGCGGCUUUAAACACACCGGAGUCAGCCACUAGAGAUGAGGUAUUUGCGGCCUCCUUGUUCCUGAGCAUGUUUAUAGAUUUAAGCAAUGAGAGGGAAAACUCGUUAAAUGCCCACAUUCCCGGCAUCCACGCGUUGAUGCAACUACGGGGAGUCGCUUCUUUGCGUGGCAAAUAUGGUCGGGUGUUACUUGCGUGGGCAUUUAUACAAUCGCAAAUACAAGCCAUAGCCAGCAACGACUUUGGGUAUGGCUGCUUACCGGCGCCUUUGAGUACGAUGGAAAACCCUGAUAGUGUCUGUCGUGCUGGAAUUGUAAUCAGCAUGAUCUCAAAAUUCUGUGAAUCCGUAAGAUACCUUAAGAAGUAUAUGCAGGUUCAGAUUCUGGGCGGCUAUGAUUCAAGCGCAGAACCCUCGUACGAACUGUUAGAGCAAGCAGGCUCUAUCAUGAACCAGAUCGACAGCUGGCACGCUCGGCUUCCACGUCACUGGAAAGCCAAGCUGAAGGAUACAACCCCUGACAGUCUUCCCGGGGAACGUAUCUCAGCUUCCGAGGAUUCUUGGACAACGUGUUUCGUGGCCAUCAUUAGUGCGACGCACUUGUUCUUUUACCUGCAAUUUCUCGAAUACUGUGAAUGUUUCACACCUAACUUGGAAGCCUUGAAGGCCCUCCCAGACGAAAAUUCAAUCUACUACCCACUCUACGGAAUCGGCAGUCGCAUUCAGGAUUCAAUCAACAUCAUAUGCCUGUCUGUGUCAUAUGCACUGGGCAGCAUGAAUGGACAUGGCGGGUUUGAACCCUUCCACAAUACCAAGCACGGGAUUGGGUACAACCUUCUCUGGCCUAUGUCGCUUGUUGCGACCUGUCAGUUCUCCACGACCGAGCAAGCUCGUCUUUGUCAGCAAGCACUGGAGUACACCUGGUCGACAAUGGGCCGGAUUGACAGUUUAUCCUGA